AUGAGCGAUAGCUCAUCCAGUGGCCCUCCAAGGAGGUCAACAAGAAUCCAGUUGGUUUCACAAUCAAAUAUACAAACACAAUUAAAAAACCAAAGAAACAAUCCCAUUAAAAAAGUGAACAAAACAGCGGCAUCUUUUAUUUCAAAAGAAACAACAAACAUAAAAA